AUGUCUCCUCUCAACUCCCCAGAAGGCCAAUAUUUGUCUCUUGCUGGUUCGUUCCAAAAAAGUCAAAAAACUUUAGCAAAUAAUUUUAAAACAUGGGGUCUAAAGCCCUCCUCCAAAAACCAGGCACCCACAAUCCUUGCUGCGACAGAAGCAGCCUAUACCAACUCGGUAAAGCAAGUUGAAGACGCUCGCAACAGACAAAUACUCAUCCUCAAUGAGGACUGGGUUAAUGAGUGUUGUGAAAAAAAGUCCUGGAUAGUGCCGGAGAACAAACAUAUUUGGGAGAACCACUCAGCGAAGGCCCCCAAUAAUCCUCCCAACCCACUUGAGAAUCCUCCACCAAAGCCGCCUAAUCCACCUGAGAAUCCUCCACCACAGCCGCCUAAUCCACCUGAGAACCCUCCAACACAGCCGCCUAAUCCGCCUGAGAAUCCGCCACCACAGCUGCCUAAUCCACCUGAGAACCCUCAACCACAGCCGCCUAAUACACCUGAGAAUCCGCCACCAAAGCCGCCUAAUACACCUGAGAAUUCUCCACCACAGCCGCCUAAUCCACCUAAGAAUCCUCAACCACAGCCGCCUAUUCCACCUGAGAACCCUCCGAAACAUGAAUCUGAUAAUGAGAGCAUGGAGGUUGCUCUUUUAAAAAAACAAAUUGAAGAUUUAAAGAACAGCAAGACAAAUGGUAAAGAUGGUCCUUCAGAUCGAUAUGAUCAAUCUGAAGACCAGAAGGAGUGCUUUGACAUAUUUUACGAAUGGUCCAGGCGCUUUGAUGACACAGAUGAUCCCAACACGAACAGAUUUGAGGUGGAUUGUCACCCAGCCGACAUCAACAAACCGCUCAGCGAUCGACGUAAAGAAUAUGAGAUGGAGAUUAUGCUAAUAACUCACUUUCGAUCUUACGUAUUUGUGAUUGACCCGGAGGAGACGGUUGAAGGUUACGACUGUCUGAGGCCUGGGUACCUGAUUCCAAGAUCAGAUUGCCCAGCAGCGGCACGGAAAUAUGAAGACAACGGUGGGGAGAUAGUGAGAGCAAAACAAAAAGAAAAUCUCCAGGGCAAGCAAAUGACCGACUUCGUCUGGUGGAGUGUGGCUACGGAUCCGGAGGGCCGUUUUUGCUACUGCUUGGGGGCUUUCAAGGGGGACAAACGGCCCUCGCUCUAUUCCCGGUCAACCUUUAAGGCCAAAUGGGGCAAGCUUGCUGAUGAUCAAAUCAAUGAAAUACGGCGGAAGUUCAGUCAGGCGGAGCUGAACAAGCAGGCGAAGGCACGGUCGCAAAAAUUGCUGAAGUUGAACUAA